AACUUAAGAGACGCAGGGGAGCAAUGGUUUCCCUCCUUGUAGUGCCUGGUCAUGGCAUAAGUUGCGUUCUUAGUGCGACCCACCCGGCGGUCCCCACGUUACCAGAUACAGUAAUCAACAUCUCGGACCUGGAUCUUUCUCAAGAGGAAACAGCAGAGCUGAAAAAAGGACUGUCCUUUGCUCCUUCUAACUAUCAUGUCCCUUUUUCGACCACAGUUGAUUGCUUUAAGUUUUUUAGAACGCUUCAUCUUAAGCACUUUUUUCAAGACACAAUGUUUUGGCCAAUAGUGACACGGUUUUGAGAAACUAUGAUGCCCCCAAUACUACAUCGAGGGAGGUGACUCCUUCUAAUCUGAAUCCCACUAUCCUGACUUUCAGCCAAUUAGUUGAGAAAAACUUGACUGGAGAAGAUCCCCCUUAUCAUGUAUGAAAAGUGCAAAUUUUCCAGUCAUAAUGAAUACUUAGAAUUCGACACUGGUGGUAAGUAUUCAUGAAAAAGGCAACAUUAGUGAAUGGGCAGCAUGAAUUCUGGAAAAAAAACAACUGAAAAUCUCACACAGUGUCCCUUUGAAGCUACUGGACGAUGAGAAACAGUAUGAUCAUUUACCUUCUAAUCCAAUGUGUGAAAUAACGAAAAUGAUAGAUGACUUCAUUGACAAUUCUUCCAAGAAGGGAUGCAUCACUGAAAAAGAAAGGGCCUUUCUCAUGAAGGACUAUCCCAUUUGCCCUGUCUUCUAUGGUCUACCAAAAAAUCACAAAAGACUUGGAUUCUCCAUUUCAUCCCAUUGUUUCCAGCAUUGAUAGUCUUACUGAACCCUUGGUGCAGUAUGUGGACUUUUUCUUAAGGAAAUAUGUACAUAGCCUACCAUCUUAUCUUGGGGACACUACUGAUAUUCGAAAUGUUGUCAAUAACUUGCAUUAUGAACAGAACGAUCUAUUAGUCUCCCUUGAUGUGCAAAGCUUGUAUACAUGCAUCCCCCACCAUGUCGGCCUUGAAGCCCACAGCGCCCCGCUGAAAUUCUACCUCCAACUCCAGGGCACGGCGAUGGGCAGCGCAUUCACACCAUCUCAUGCCUGCCUUGUUAUGGGUCUAUGGGAAGAAAAAUGUAUCAACACUAAUCUUAACCCUUUUUAUUCAAAGAUAGCACUAUGGGUAAAGGUACAUUGAUGAUGCUGUGAUGAUAUGGAAAGGUGAUGUUAAUGAAAAAUUUUCUUGAAUAUGUCAACUCGAGCACUAAUUUCCUAAUAACCUUUCCUUUACCAUGGAGCACGACUCACACUCCUUGAUCUUCCUGGACUUGACCAUUUUAAAAGACCUGAACAAUAUGCUACAGACAACUGUCUACCAUAAACCAUUGAGUAGAAAUACCCUCCUUCAAGCAGACAGUAACCAUCCUCCUCAAUUGAUUCGAAGUAUUCCUACUGGACAAUUUCUUAGAGUGAGGAGGAACUGUAGCUCUACUCAGGAUUUUAUGUCCAAGGCAUCCCAAUUGUCUCAGCGCUUCCUAGAGAGAGGAUAUGCGCAAGACGCUGUAGAUACGGUAUGGGAUGAAGCACUGAACAUUGACCGCCUCUCCCUUUUAACUAAAACACCUAGGCCGACCCAAACUACGAAACCAAGACUUUGUUUUUCCACACGCUACUCGCCCACAGCUGGUAAAAUUAAACAUAUCAUUAAAAAGCACUGGCACAUUCUACAAAGUGACCCGUCUUUGAAAGAGAUUUGCGCGGAUGCACCGAGGUUCACUUUCAAACGUGUGCGUAAUAUCCGUGAUAGACUUGUUCAUUUGGAUAUGAAGGUCUCACACUCUACCACUUGGCUCUCCAAUCCACCCACAGGUUUUUACAAAUGUGGUCACUGCACGCAUUGCUCUAACUCCACUAAUGCAAAACAUUUUUCUCAUCCCAUGACGGGUAAAUCAUUUUCGAUUAAUUAUUUUAUCAACUGCAACAGCACACACAUUGUUUACCUUCUAAAAUGCCCCUGUGGCUUAGUAUAUAUUGGUCAGACCAAACGGCAAAUUAAAAUCAGAAUAUCGGAACACAAAAUGGCCAUACGCACUAAGAACGCAAUUUAUGCCAUGGCCAGGCACUGCAUGGAGGCAAACCUGUGUCUCUUAAAUUCUGGGGUAUUGAAAAAAUUAGUUAACCCCCUAGAGGUGGCGAUAUUGUCAAUAAAAUGCUAUGCAGAGAGGCGUACUGGAUUUAUACAUUGAAUACACUUGAACCAAAUGGCCUUAAUGAAGAACUGAAUUUAUCUUGUUUUCUGUAGACUAAUCAUCUACUGCCCCCUUUCUAGAGAAUUGAGUCAUUUCCUGUUUUAUGACGCACCCUUUUGGUGUUGAUGAAAUAACAUGACCUCAAAUACCCCAUAUUUUGAUCUCUCUUCUUUGUGAUGUUAUUUUGGUGCAAUGUGUAUGUAAAUUUUUCCAUUUUCUUUUCCUUUGUUUGGCUUGAUUUGGGAUUUUUUGUGUGUUUUUUUGUUUUGUUUUUGUUUUUUGGAGUGCAGCCUCUGUCAUUGGCACCCUUGGGUGGUUCUAGUCACCCCCUACGCACCUGUCAGGUGCUCCUGAAUGUUUUUUAAGCACCACCUACCCAGGUUUGCCAUAUUGACAUAUUGAAGACAUGAGAACGUUGAAACGUUAGUCUUGGCUUGACUUAAUUGGGUUAUACUGUUAAGUGCGGUGCAAAACAGAGACGAAAAAUAUUUCUGUAAAUGUAUUCUCAUAUUUUAUUGGGACUUAACUACUGUACAUAUGAUCAAUUUCUUGAAAUGAGGUGGUAUGUUCCUUUAACUUUUAGAACAGCACUGGGCUCGUCCUCCACCCGACCACCCAACACAUAGCAUGCCAACAUGCUAUUUCGCAUGAAACACAUUGGUUAAAGUAAAAAAAAAUCUUUUCCACAUUUCAAACUUAUCAGUGAUGGUUUCAGUUAGCGAUUACUCUAAAGUACCUACCUGUAACAACGCAACAACGCAAGCCCAGAGAAAGUUAGAAACUGCCUACAGUAGUGAGGUUUUGAGCGAUCUCGGCAAACAGGACCCAAUGCUCUGCUACUAGAGCUAUGAAGAGUUUGGCAGUUUUGUUAUAACCGUUAUGUGGGAGGUUGAUUUGGGAAGGAGCACCAUUUAAAUUGCAUGACUCUCGCCCGUGAGCACCACUGCUAAGUCUGAGAGAGUGCGCGUUGGCUUUGCCUUCAAAAGGCUUGGCUUUAUCUAUCAUUUUUCCGUCCUUGCCACCAAGAAAUGGAGGGUGGAGGCAUGAAGGAUUUCAGCAGGAUUCCAGACCUCUGUGUGUGGUGUAUCUCAGCUUAGCUCCACCAGCGGGCUCUGGAGCUAUACACACAGAGAGGUCUGGUGAGAACCAGGCUACCAUUUAAAAGUCAUUUAAUGUAUUUGUAUUUAUUUUUUUA